AUAGGUGAAUGUAAUAGAGAGGACUUUGUACCCGGAAGAGACCGCUUUCCAAUUCUCUCUCUCUCUCUCUCUCUCGUUUAUUCCUUCUCUCAUCAAUGCUCUGUCGGAACUCUCCCCUCUCUGCUCUCUCCUGCGAUUAGGGUUUUUGCGCCUCCACGAAUCAGAUUUUCUGAUUUGGAGUUCGAAAUUUUGCGAAUAUGACGUUGAAUGAACGCAAGACAAUUGACUUAGAACAAGGAUGGGAGUUCAUGCAAAAGGGUAUAACAAAAUUGAAGAAUAUUCUGGAAGGACUACCUGAGCAACAAUUCAGCUCAGAGGACUACAUGAUGCUCUAUACAACUAUUUAUAACAUGUGUACCCAAAAGCCACCACAUGAUUACUCUCAACAGCUAUACGAUAAAUAUCGGGAGUCUUUCGAAGAGUACAUUACUUCUACGGUGUUGCCAUCUCUAAGAGAGAAGCAUGAUGAAUUCAUGCUGAGGGAGCUUGUCAAAAGGUGGCAGAAUCAUAAAGUCAUGGUUAGAUGGCUUUCUCGCUUCUUCCAUUAUCUUGAUCGGUACUUCAUUGCUCGAAGGUCGCUUCCUGCACUGAAUGAAGUUGGACUCACCUGCUUCCGUGAGCUGGUGUACUUGGAGAUAAAGGGCAAAGUGAGGGAUGCUGUUAUUUCUUUGAUUGAUCAAGAGCGUGAGGGGGAGCAAAUUGAUCGUGCUUUAUUGAAGAAUGUUUUAGAUAUAUUUGUUGAGAUUGGAAUGGGGCAAAUGGAUUAUUAUGAAACUGACUUUGAAGCAGACAUGCUCAAAGAUACUGCUGCUUAUUAUUCUCGGAAGGCUUCGAACUGGAUACUUGAAGAUUCUUGUCCAGAUUAUAUGUUGAAAGCUGAGGAAUGUUUGAAACGUGAGAAGGAUAGAGUUUCACAUUAUCUACACUCUAGUAGUGAACCAAAGCUACUGGAGAAAGUUCAACAUCAGUUGCUGUCUGUAAAUGCUAACCAACUACUUGAGAAGGAGCACUCUAGUAGUGAACGAAAGCUACUGGAGAAAGUUCAACAUGAGUUGCUGUCUGUAUAUGCUAACCAACUACUUGAGAAGGAGCACUCUGGAUGUCAUGCAUUGCUGAGAGAUGACAAGGUUGAAGAUCUUUCAAGGAUGUAUAGGCUUUUUCUUAAAAUACCUCGAGGCUUGGAUCCCGUUUCUAAUAUAUUUAAACAGCAUGUUACAGCCGAAGGUACAGCCUUGGUCAAACAAGCUGAAGAUGCAGCUAGCAACAAGAAGGCAGAUAAAAGAGAUGUGGUUGGCUUGCAAGAACAGGUUUUUGUUAGAAAAGUAAUUGAACUUCAUGACAAGUACCUGGCAUAUGUGAAUGACUGUUUUAUGAAUCACACUCUAUUCCACAAGGCACUCAAGGAGGCUUUUGAGGUCUUCUGCAACAAAGGUGUUGCUGGAAGCUCAAGUGCAGAACUAUUAGCUACAUUUUGUGAUAAUAUUCUUAAGAAAGGUGGAAGUGAGAAACUGAGCGAUGAAGCUAUUGAAGAAACACUUGAGAAGGUAGUGAAACUACUUGCUUAUAUUAGUGAUAAAGACCUGUUUGCAGAAUUCUAUAGGAAAAAGCUUGCAAGGCGACUUCUUUUUGACAAGAGUGCUAAUGAUGACCAUGAGAGAAGUAUCCUGACAAAGCUGAAGCAGCAAUGUGGUGGUCAGUUCACCUCAAAGAUGGAGGGGAUGGUCACAGAUUUGACUUUGGCGAGGGAAAAUCAAGCCAAUUUUGAGGAGUAUCUGAGCAAUUAUCCACAUGUAAACCCUGGAAUUGAUUUAACUGUUACUGUGCUGACUACGGGCUUCUGGCCAAGUUACAAGUCCUUUGAUCUCAAUCUCCCAGCAGAGAUGGUUAAAUGCGUUGAAGUUUUUAGGGAAUUCUACCAAACAAAAACUAAGCACCGAAAAUUGACAUGGAUAUACUCGCUGGGCACAUGUAACAUCAAUGGAAAAUUUGAACCAAAAACCAUGGAGCUGAUUGUGACAACUUAUCAGGCCUCUGCCCUGCUGUUAUUCAAUGCCUCAGAUAGAUUAAGUUAUUCAGAGAUCAUGACUCAGUUGAACUUGACUGACGAUGAUGUUGUUAGACUGCUUCAUUCUUUGUCAUGUGCAAAAUAUAAGAUUUUAAACAAGGAGCCAAACACCAAAACAAUUUCUCCAACUGAUUAUUUUGAGUUUAACUCCAAAUUUACUGACAAAAUGAGGAGGAUCAAGAUUCCUCUGCCUCCCGUGGAUGAGAAGAAAAAGGUAAUUGAAGAUGUUGAUAAGGACAGACGCUAUGCUAUUGAUGCCUCAAUUGUGCGCAUCAUGAAGAGCCGGAAAGUUUUGGGUCAUCAGCAGUUGGUUAUGGAGUGUGUUGAGCAGUUGGGUCGCAUGUUCAAGCCUGAUUUUAAGGCAAUCAAGAAACGGAUUGAAGAUCUGAUCACUCGAGACUAUCUGGAAAGAGACAAGGAGAACCCCAACGUGUUCAAAUAUUUGGCAUGACUCAACCCAGCUGAUAAUCCAAUCAAAAUUGUUGUGGGGGAUGCUGGGGCUAAUAGCAUGGAAAGAUUGGUAAUCAGCUGGUGGUUGGAGUUGGGGCACAUACUGUAAAUGUUCACUAUUUGAGUGCCCUUCCGAUGAUUGCCUAGAGAUGAGAACUGAGAAUUCUUGUACAUUUUGCCUUCGAAGUCAGGUGCGAACAACUACUACAGAUUGCACAUCCAUGGAGAAAUGCAAUCAAUUCUGUAAUGUGUUCCAGAACACCAAGGGGACCAUCUGGCAUCUGUAGCAUCUUUUUCCUGCAACCCCCCUUUCAGGACUUUUAUGCUUGUUCUUUAGUCGUCAAUUUGCUGUCUUAUUAAAAAAAAAAAAAUCUGUAAUUUAAUUCCACUCUUUGAUGUGCAUUUUAUCAGUUCCAUAAACUGUCAGGCAAGUAGCCUGUCUUUGAAUUCAAACCAAAGACUUAGGUUAUCUAUCCGUUUGUUUAUAAUGCGCUCAUAAAGGAACGUCAUGUGGUUCUUUAGUUUUAACUGGAUGAUAUGAUAAAGAUGCGAGGAAGUGGCAUGCUCUUAUAUGUUUA